AUGUACUUAUUAACUAAUGAGUCGCGUACAACACAGAGGUCGGCGCCCGCGGCAGCGCGACAUGCGUACGUACUGGAAUACAGAAGGCGACUAAUCGUCAGAACUAAAGCGCAGCGGUCGCCGGCGCCGGCGGCCGUAGCUACGACGCGACACGAUUGCCGGUACCCUUACUCAAGACCUGGCUGUGGAAGCAACUGCGACCGCCGCUGCCACAGCGACGUGAAAGAGUGCAACGAGCAGUGCGUGGCAAACGGCUGUGACUGUAUACCACCCUUCGUGUACAACGAAGUCUCUGGCAGUUGCAUGCCACCAGAUGAGUGCACAGAUGCCCAAUUAAUUCGAAGCUUUAUUAAAUUCGUU